CCACUAUGAUUCUUUAAUGAAUUGCAUAAUUAAAAUAAUAGAGGGAGACUUUGUGUUAUGAUUUGGGGAUGGGGCCAUUGAAGAAGUCAUUAAUUCCCACCAGCCGUCACAUGCGCCUUUCAUGAGUCAUCGGUACUUCCUCUAUUUAAAGCCCCUCCAAUCCACCAUCUCCCUCAUUCCGAACAAACUUCAACAACUCUCUCUCUCUCUCUCUUACAACAUCUUCUUUCUUGCACUGAAAUUUGCAAAUUCCUGUAAACAAAACCAAGAAUCGUACCCUUCUGAACCUACAUUUUCGACAGCAAGAAUGUUUAGUUUUGCAGAUACUGAUAUGUUUUCCCGCAGAUGUGUUUGGGUGAAUGGGCCUGUCAUUGUCGGAGCUGGGCCGUCGGGACUGGCGGUGGCAGCAGGACUGAGGGAACAGGGCGUGCCAUUCGUGGUUCUUGAGAGAGCGGAUUGCAUUGCGUCUCUGUGGCAAAAGCGGACUUAUGAUCGCUUGAAGCUUCAUCUGCCUAAACAGUUUUGCCAGCUGCCCAAAUUCCCGUUCCCUGAUCACUACCCUGAGUAUCCCACCAAGAGGCAAUUCAUCGAGUACCUGGAGUCGUACGCCAGGCACUUCGACAUCAACCCGCAGUUCAACGAGUGCGUGCAGUCGGCUAAGUACGACCAAGUGUGCCGUUUGUGGAGGGUGAAGACUGUUUCUCCCGACGGUUCUGAAGUUGAGUACAUCUGCCAGUGGCUUGUGGUGGCGACCGGCGAAAAUGCGGAGCGUGUGGUCCCGGAAAUUGACGGGUUGAAGGAGUUUGGUGGAGAAGUGAUCCAUGCUUGUGAUUACAAGUCUGGUGAGAAUUACAAGGGAAAGAAAGUUCUUGUUGUGGGGUGUGGGAAUUCAGGCAUGGAAGUCUCUCUUGAUCUUUGCAACCAUGAGGCUAAGCCUGCUAUGGUUGUUCGAAGCUCGGUUCAUGUAUUGCCAAGAGAGAUAUUUGGGAAGUCAACAUUUGAGUUGGCGAUGUUCAUGCUAAAAUGGCUACCAUUGUGGCUUGUGGACAAGAUUAUGCUGGUGUUGGCAUGGAUGAUUCUUGGAAACAUUCAGAAAUACGGGCUGAAGAGGCCGUCGACCGGCCCAUUGGAGCUGAAGAACACUCAAGGAAAAACCCCUGUUCUAGACAUUGGUGCACUUGAAAAGAUCAGAUCCAGGGAAAUUCAAGUGGUGCCCGGAAUCAGGAGGUUUUCUUGUGGUAUGGUGGAGCUUGUUAACGGCGAAAAGCUUGAAAUCGAUUCAGUCGUGUUGGCAACUGGAUACCGCAGCAAUGUACCUUACUGGCUGCAGGAAACUGAAUUCUUCUCCAAGAAUGGCUUCCCCAACGCUCCGUUCCCAAACGGGUGGAAAGGAAAGGCUGGACUCUACGCCGUUGGAUUCACAAGGAGAGGGCUGUCUGGUGCAUCUGCUGAUGCCAUGAAAAUAUCACAAGAUAUUGCCAAAGUUUGGAAGGAUGAUUUGAAGCAGAAAAAGCAGAAAGUCCCCACUCACAGAAGAUGCAUUUCGACCUUCUGAUCACAAAAAGGGGGGCCUCAAAGUUCUUGCACAGCUUCUAUUCUUUCCUUGUAAAUUUUGUCAAAACCUUAUACACAAAUUAUACAGAACAACGUAAAAAUCAUACAAAGAAAAGCAGAUAGCAUAGAGACCAGCCCUCUCCAUAAAAAGCCCAAAUUUUGAAUUGUUGGGCAUUUUCCAUACUGAGGAUGAUGAGGCUUUUUUCCUCUCCAUUUUUACUACUGACUGUUGUAGAAAGAGAUGUACAAUUGUGACUGAUCAAUUUGCAAUGAAAAAAAGUCCCUUUUUCUCCA